AGCGAGAGCGACAGAGACAGAGACAGAGACAGAGACAGAGACAGAGACAGAGACAGAGACAGACAUUUACAACACGGGAACAACCUAUCGUCUCCUGACCUACAGCAUUCUUUAGCUGGGAUGUUUAACAGCAUUCUUUGACAAUGGCGGAGAGUGACUUCAGUGAGAUCUCAGACACCUGCCAGUGGGAGUUGCCAGAUUACGAGCCAUGGUUUCCUGUGUCGGAGAAGUCCAACCCCCUGACUCGUGACAUCGACAAGGCCUCGCCCAAUCACAUUGUCCGUCUGCUGGCAGCCUGCGAUGCACAGAUGUUCCAAAAGGAGACAGGAACCACCUACCAGAGGCUGUUCAGUGACAGUGUGGUGCGGACCAUGCUGGAGGUGGCCAGGACAGUGGAGCAAAUUCUCAGGGACCCAGAGGACAGUCUGGUUGUGUUGAGUGGUUGUGGAACAUCUGGUCGCCUGGCCUUCCACAUGGCGACAUGUUUUAACAGAGCCCUGAGAGACAUGCAGCAGAAGACUGUUUACUCGUACAUCAUUGCUGGGGGAGACAGAGCCCUGCUCACAUCCCAGGAGGCACCAGAGGAUGACCCCAAACUAGGCAUGCUCACACUGGAGAAGCUCUGUGAAGGAAAGAGGCAUGUCCUGUUCAUCGGCAUUUCCUGUGGCCUGUCUGCCCCAUUCGUAGCAGGACAGCUGGACUUCUGUCUGAAACACCCUGACAUCUACACUCCUGUACUGGUUGGCUUCAACCCCGUCACACAGGCCAGGGGGGAGACCAUGCCAGGCUACAGUCUGACCUUCAGGGAAGUGGUCCAGAGGAUGGAGGAGCAGAGAGGUCAAAGGGCAUUCAUCAUCAACCCAGCAGUCGGGCCCGAGGCCAUCAGUGGUUCCUCCAGAAUGAAGGGGGGCAGUGCCACCAAGAUAUUACUGGAGACUGUCCUGACGGCCGCACACACAGCUGCCUUCACCAACACACACGUCACACACAGAGUUCUCCUGGACAGGAUGAGAGAAUAUGAGCGAGUCCAUAGCAUCACCUACAGUCACAGUGACCAGAUAGCAACACUGCUACAGACCGCAGGACUCAGGCACGACAACUUCAGACAAACAUCUGACAUCAACUUCAGACAAACAACUGUGGUUCAAAUGCUGAGAUUGCCCAUGUUCUUUGGUUGUGUGUGUUUCAGUUUGCAGUGUGGUGGGCGUGUGUGUUACCUGGCCUGGGGGUCUCUGGGCUUAGUGGGACUCCUCGAUGCCAGCGAAUGUAUCCCUACCUUCGGAGCAGACUAUGAGGACAUCCGAGGCUUCAUCAGUGGAGGAUACCAGGACAUGGACAACAUAGAGGGAGACCUCACACCACUGGGUCCCCAGUUCUGUAUAGCCCAUGAGGACUUUGUGGGUCUGGUUCUGCCUACUGUGAGUGACAGAGACACCGUCCUACUGCUGUACACAUGUCAUGAUAACAUCAGUGAUGUAGAGAAGAUGGCCCACAGAGUCAGAGAGAAGACCUCCAACCUCCACACUCUCUAUCACGGACUAGAGGGAGACACUGCUGUUGACAGCAUUGGUCUCCUGUGUUCAUCUGUCCUCAACAUGACCUGGCCCUCUUCUUCUACUGUUGACGGCCUUCUCCACAUGUGGGAGCUGUCCAGUAAGUUGGUGCUGAAUGCUGUGAGUACAGGAAGUCACAUCUUAAAGGGAAAGAUCUACAGGAACCACAUGGUAGACCUACAGGUCACCAACAGCAAACUGUAUCACAGGGCUAUACACAUACUGCAGAAGUUGUCAGGUGUCUCCCUGACCAAGUGUGAGGAGGCUCUACUGAAGGCCAUCUAUAACGUGGAACAACUACCAGAGGUCAUCACCUCAGCCGGGGUCACCACACACACCCUCACCGCCAGCCACAGGAACAAGGUGGUCCCGCUGGCACUGGUCUGUCUGCUGAUUGGCUGCUCUCUCUCUGAGGCGGAGUCUCGUCUGGAGUCCCACCCAGUGGUGCGUGAUGCUGUAGAGGCUUGUCUGACAUCAUCACCAGGAUACCAGACCUCCACAAACCAUUGACUUCCUAUAGUUGUAAACCACUGUACUUUAAUAAGAAUAAUAAUAAGGAUAAUAUAUUAUUAUAAUUUAAUUAACUAUACUUUAAUAAUAUACUUUGAUAGGAUCAAUUUGUACCCUCUAUAGGAAUCUGUUGGAUGUAACCUUAAUCAUUUAUCUUCCAUCAAUAAAGAGUUGACUAACA